AUGAGCGCCCACGAACGGAGAGAGUCGGUAGCGUACCAGGUCCACGACGAGCGGCGCUACCGGCUGCUGCAGGGCAAAGAGGUGUACGCCGUCACGCCGCUGGCCUUCACUGAGGAUGUGUCCAACGACGAAGGAAGGACCCGCGGUCGCAGGGUGCCGCAUCUCGAAGGCCUCCGCGGCAUUCUUGCUGUGCAAACGCUCCUCUGGAUCUUCUUCCGCGUCUUCUGCCCUGGGGUCGUCGAUGCGACCAUCGAAGGAGCUCCACGCUGGACGAUGAUCGUCCGCAAGGUCCUUAGUCCCUUGCUCUUUGACGGCUCUCUCCAAGCGGCCGCCUACAUGCUCCUCGUGGGCCGCGUCGCGCUGCUUACCUACCUCGAGAGGCGCGAGGCCAUCGAUCUUGCCGGCCCGUGCUUCCGUCGCCCCUUCCGUCUCCUAAUCCCCACGGCCAUCGCCCUGGCUAUCACAUCGGGCCUCGUUGCCGGCAAGGGAUUUGCCUACUCCCAGUACAUGGCCGACCACCUCAACAACCCGGCAGCGAGUCCGCCCCCUAUCUGGGGAAGCACAGUCGAGUACUUUAAUUCGCUUGCCUCGCUCUUCUUCUCUCCUGCGCCUUAUACCAACUCGCGCGCAGUCACGUUCCUCCAGCCUGCCGGCAUCUCGUGGUACAUUGUCAUCGCCUUUCAGCAGCUUUAUGUCCUCAUUAUUUUUGCGUGGACACUCCCUUACACGGUCUUGCGCUACAAGAUCAUCGGCCUCACCGCACUCAUCCUCCUCUCUGCCUGGGUCGGUCGCUGGUCGUGGUACACCGUCACCGGUUUGGCCAUGGCCGAGUUCUCCGUCGUGUACCGCCAGACGCUGCACCCCAAGCCGCGCGUCACCGUCGGCUCGAGGCGGAUCCCCCUCUACCUGUUCCCGCUGGCCAUGUUCCUCGUCGGCGUCAUGUUCAAGUAUCUCUGGGCUGGCCUGCCCCAGUACGCCGACCGCGAGCUGGUGGCCCACGCCAACGUCAACACGGCCAAGCUGGACUGGGAUGCACUGCAGGAGCACAAGGCCGUGCCCCGCUACGACGACUAUCUCGUCUGCGUCGGCCUGCUGGGCCUCGUUGAGCUUUCGCACUCGGCGCGCCGCGUCCUCUCCUGGAGGCCGCUCACCUACCUGGGCCGCCUCGGCUUCUCCAUCGCCCUCACCUCGGGCCUCAUCAUGGUCAGCCUCGGCAGCGUCGUCUACUACUGCCUCGUCGAGUCGCUCGGCUUCCAGGCCCAGUCGUCGAGCACGACGGCCGUGCUGUUCUUCAUCUUUGUGCCCCUCUGCCUUGUCUGCGCAGACAUCUACUCGCGCCUCGUCGACGAUGUCUCGCUCUGGGCCUCGCGCUUCCUCUUUCACUUUUUCCGAACUUAG